CCUGUCGGAGCCGCCGCGCCGGCUUGACGGGCGCUCUGGAUAGCGCUGGAGCUCGGACGAGCGUCGGAUUGGGCUGGCGGGACCUGUUGCCCCUCGAGAGCCGGCGGCUGUUCUAGACACUGCCUAGUAUCCUUGCCUGUGUGUGGAAUUGUGGAAUAUUUGUGUCCAGAUUAUUUCUUCAUCUACCACCAACAGCAGCCCAGCAGAGCUCAGGAUGAAUACUUACACAAUGACUGACAAUAAAGUGAAGUUGACAAAACCUGUGAAUAAGACUCCUCCAAAGUCUCCUUCAGAUCCAGCAAAGGACCGAGCAGCAAAACGGUUAUCCUGUGAUUCAAACAGCUCCCAUGAGGGAGCUAUGGCAGGAGAAAUAAGUGCUCUGGAAGAGGCCUUUAGAAAAUUUGCCAUCCAUGGUGAUACAAGAGCUACAGGAAAAGAAAUGCAUGGGAAGAACUGGUCAAAGCUAUGUAAGGACUGCCAUGUGAUAGAUGGGAAGAAUGUGACAAUCACAGAUGUUGACAUUGUCUUCAGUAAAAUCAAGGGAAAGUCUUCCAGAACUAUCACUUUUGACCAGUUUAAGGAAGCUCUUCAAGAACUCUCCAAGAAGCGAUUUAAAGACAAGAGUGAUGAGGAAGCAGUUCAAGAAAUAUACAAACUAAUUGAAGGAAAAGCCCCAAUUAUAUCUGGAGUAACGAAAGCCAUUUCAUCUCCAACUGUAUCACGCCUUACAGAUACAUCAAAAUUCACGGGUUCUCACAAAGAGAGGUUUGAUCCCAGUGGGAAAGGAAAAGGCAAAGCUGGCCGAGAAGAUCUGGUGGAUGCUUCAGGAUAUGUAUCUGGCUAUAAGCAUGCAGGCACGUAUGAUCAUAAAGUACAAGGAAGCAAGUAAGGCUGAGGGUUUACAACAUAGAGGGAGAAAGAGAGGGAAAGAGAAUAUAUUUGCAAGAAUGAUGUAGAUGAAUCCCACAUGUUUUGGUUAUUGUGAAUGUUAAGACUAUGUUGUCAAGAAGUUGUUUUCAGGAACUGGAACUGAUUUCAACAUCUGCUGAGCUACUUGCAGCACAACACCACUUCAUUACAUUCCUCAUGCGUAUAUUGGCAAAAAUAAAUAUAUCGGUACAAAAAAUACAUCAUUUUGUUGAGCUUUAGACAAAAAAACCCAACCAAAGUCAAGAGCAAGCAGUUAUACUACACUUUGUCAAUUCAAGCAAAAGAUCUCAAACAUUCCUAAAUGUCCAGUUGCCCUGAGGAUGUCAAAGAGAACCUCUUGAAAAGAGGUCUUUCAUAGCAGUCUUUCUGACUGCUGUGCCAUUAUUUAUGCAAUUUGAUUUGACUACUGUUUGGGGGCUUUUUAAAAAUGUCUUAUACAGGAUCUGGCACUUUCCUUAAAUCAUUCAACAAUAUACAAUUGGGGAGUGAGUGGUUAUAAUAUACGAGGCGCUAGCCUGUAAAUGUCAUACACCACUCAUGAAAAACUGAAAAAAAAGCUAUUUCUAGGACACUAUAGGUUCUAAAAAAUUUUAUGUUAAUAGAAAGAAGUGGAAAAUACCAGCCCUUACUUUUCUCCUGUCUAUACCUUGUGCUUUUUACUGUGUGUACUGUAGCAUGGUUCUGACUGGCUGGAUUUGGAUGGAGCUAUUGUACUAAUCUGAGGGGUGAGGAACAAGACGUUACUAAGAAAGUCUAUUAAAGCUUUUUGCAGUCUGUUUUCAAGUUUGCAUUGCCUCACAUGUGAAAUGAAGGGGGCGUUAAGCUAAUAAUACUUUAAAUAAUGAUUAUGACUAAACACUGCCAAUCAUAUGGCUAAUAAGUGAAUGUUAUUACGCACAUACAUUGUCACAUAUUCCCUUUAAGCUAUAACAUCCGUAAGGAAACUUUAUGGCCCCUUGGAAUAAGGACAUUUAUCAUUAAUAUCCUUGUAAUUAGCUGCAAUUUACCCACAAAAAUAUACUAUUAUGACUGGGCUACAUUUUAUGUUAGAUUUGUUUGAAGCCAAGGAAUUUGAUUCUUUAUUCACUUUUGCUGCCUAACUUGGGAGUAAUAGUAUUGAUGGGAAUGACUUUCCACUGCUGUAGAAGGAGAACUAGUUCCACAGGCUUAAGAUGCAGGCAGCUGAGUGUGACCUGCCUGGAGCCCAGAAUGCCAAAACAGCUUAAUGGGAAUAAAAAUAACUAUUUUUUUUAUAUUGGUUAAAAAGGAGAGAAAAGGCUGGUCCAAUUUUCCGCGAGAGCUGAACCGAGUACCCUAAUGAAUUACUCUGCUUCUCUAAAACUAUGAAAGAUAAGAUUUUCAGUAUUCAAAACCAGCUGCUAGCAGUUCUGCUUUGCUUUCUUUCAAAAGGAGCUCGUGCACUGAUUUUCAUGUUCAACUAAGAAUAAAGGUUAAUAAAUUUAUUGUUCUCCCUCCACCUGUAUUAGCAUCCCCCUCAGAGUACCUAAAAUUCAGUGAGCAGUGUGUGCUGUUAUGUACCAUGCAUGUCAACAGUCUGUAUUUGGCCAGUGUCUGGAAACAGACUACUGGUUUUCAGCCCUUCAACUGUUCAUGUUUUGUUUUUCUGGCAUUGAAUGGUAGCCUUUCUUGUAACUUUGCCUCCAAUGACCCUUUGAGCCCAUACAUCAGCCUGAAACCAGAACAAGAAUAGCAAAGGCAAGGACUUCCUUGUGGACUUGGAGAUUUUUUUGUUUGUUUGUAAUUUAUUUCGGGUUUUGUUUUGAAGAGGGAGGGAACUUUGCCAAAACUCAGCACAUGUUCUUGAAAAGAUUUAAAUGGCUUUUUGCAUGGUUGGCUUUGGUUACCUGGGAAGAUUUUUGAUGUAUGUAAGGAUGCUCAAGAUUAGGAGCAUCCAGCUUUGUGAAGCCUUUCCACGAGUUACCCAUUGUUCUUGAAGAAAAAUUUCCAUGGAAUGAAGGAUUAUCCACAUCUAUGUUGCACUGGUGACCUGUCACACUCUGAGGCAGAAAAUACUGUGAUACCAACAAUGGCUAAAUUAUUCCAACAUGGUAGUGAACUGUCUAAAUGUAGAGAACCUUCUUCUACGUCACUGGUGCCUGUGCACCUGAAGAAGGCUCCUGGAUAAUCCUGUUACCUUAUGAAUAAAAAGGCUAAGCCUCUAACCCUUGAUAAAUCCUUCAGCUAAGUUACAGACAAAACGAGUGUCCCUAUUCUUCCCGUUGACUUUAAGACUUGACUCAUAACUUGCUGGUAACUGAAAAGAUCUGGACCCAGCCUGAAUGAAGAGUGAAGUCCAGUCUACUGCAGAGCCCUUUCAGUACACUGUUGAUCUGGCUGUUUGUUGCCAGCUAGCUGCCUUGUCUGGCACAUCAGGUGAUGCUUAACACAAGGCGCACAAGUGACAGGCUUUCUCAAGUACCCAAAUACUGAGCGUCAGUAAUGCCAGACUGUUGCUAUGCAGGAGGAGUGAUUAGUUAGGAAGGUUUUAAUGUAUAAUUAGGUUUUAAGUUGCUAGUUCACAGUGUGAGAGACCAGCACACUCAUAAGAUAGAAGGCAUGCAAAGGAAUUGAGUAUGCAGACAGAUUCCGACACUGAUUAGAAAUUGAGCUACUCUGCUCAAUGGAACUAGCUGGGGUUCUGCCAGAGUUUAUUUUCCAUUACUUGUAAAGUAUAAAAUCACUGCCAUGAAUCAAAGCGCUUCGUAUGGAUCUGAUGCAAAGUUCUGUGAAAUGCUUUCAGUGGCGCAAUAAGCUUUGGAUCAGGACCUGAGAAGAUGCUUCAGAUAGCAGUAUUUUAUUUUGAUGAACACACUUCUUUGUUUCUUCUUUGUUUCUACAAUUGGAUAGAAGUCACUGUGAUAUGACAGUGACAAAGGUAAGUUGUAGCUAGAAAGAUAGUACUUUGGGAAGAUUUUUUCCCUUUUACUACACUUGGUGUGGAAGAUAAGGGCUAUGAAUAAAAGCACCAUAUACAGCUGUGUAUUAGGGGUUCAGCCUUCUACAUAAGCUCUUACUUUUCCACUAAUAUCCAUAGGAAAUUAAAAGCCUAAAUACUAUCUUGAAGGUUAGCCAUAGGUUCCAGGUCUGCUUGGGAAUGAGGCAAAGUACAUUUUCUUGUUCAUCUGCCAUUCCCUCAACUUUCAGGACAGCAAGUAUGGCUGGUACCUCAGAGAUGAGGGGAAGGAAUACCUCAGCAGGUGCAGAAGGUGACUCAUUUUCAACCCUUGAAGUGGUGUAGAGCAUAUGCUAUUCCUGUGCACUAUAUUCCAGGCUGUAACUAAAUGUCAUGCCUGAAGUAAGGGCCUGGCUACCUAAUAAGGUUUACAGUCAUCUCCUUUUUUGGGGCAUCUUGACUCAUUCCAUCUAACUUUCCACAUCCUAUACUAUGCAGCACUCUUCUAUGUGACAUCUCCUAUAAAAUCCUGUUGUUCCUAAUUAUCCCUGCUUUCAUUACCACUGAACAUUCUGCCAACAGAAAUGUGAUCAGAAAGUUCAGGUUGCUUUUAGCAAUAACUGCUUUAAAGUACAAACACUGUUCAUUUAAAAUUAAACUCUUAAAUACUAUGGCAGUAAACAAUCUUACCAUAUCUCCACUGAGGCUUAACCUGACCAUCAAAGCCUUUGCAAGAUUGAGGCCAAGAAAUAAAAAUCCUCACUGGGGCAAAAGAAUAGUCCUUACAAAUAAUUUCCCCAAAAUAACCUAGUUUUAAAAUAAAAUAUUCAGAAUUAAAUGGCUUUUCUUAUUAGCGCUUGCUUAUUAAUUUCCUCUAGUCACUCCAUAUGCUUUAGUUACUUGUUGAGAAUUUUGCAACAAUCUUAUCAACGUGGAAAUAUCAGAAGCAAAAAUUGUUGUUCUGCUUUAUGUGGCUAUCAAAGCUAUCACAAUAGUGUUACUGAGAAGCAGACAUUAAAAACGAUACAUUAUUUCAACAGUCCUAUGUGAACAGUUGUUGUUGAUUGUAAUGAAAUAUUUGGAAUCCCAAAGGAAAUGUUGAACAUCGGACAGUGGCCAAGAUCUAGCCACUUUUUUUUUUUUUUUUUUUUAAGCCUACUAUAUUUCUUAUCUCUUUUUCAAUUUAGGGAAGGGAAAGGGAGAUUUCAAAACUACUCAUAUGUCACAACCUGCAUUUUUCAUCAGCAUAGAGAUUGUUCUUCAAAGAUAUUUUGGAUUGACCUAUGAUAUUUUCCAUGUAUUUUACUGACCUUACCUAAAUAAAAAAUUCCUCUGGCAACUUUUUGGCAUUAUAGAAAGCUUUGUUCAUUUAUUAGCACUUCAGUCACCCAUAUUUUCCCUCUAUUGGCUCAAUUAAUGUUUUUGUGGUACCUGGAAUUAGCCAGAACUAAAAGGCAAAUAACUGCUAUUGGUUUCACUUGGAAAUGAUAGGCAUCCCAAUCAUCUGUAACCAUCUAUAGAAAAAAAUCUUUGUGUAUCUUUCUCCAAAACCAAAACUUUAAUGUUAUAAUUGAUAGGUUUUCUCCUUAAGGCUUGUCAUAGUUAUAAAAUAAAUUUUAAUUCUUUGUGCCUGCAUGUAUGAUAUUCAAAACAUAACCUUGCCUUUCAGUGAUGCAUGUAUUCUGGGGGCAUGUGCCUGUCAUCCAUGAAUGAGAAUUCUCUGUUGGCACUGGCCAAGAAACAAACCUUUUACCUUCAUGAUAGAACAAAUGUAAUGUGUUGCACCAGUACAUGUCCUCUUAACUGACUGUUAGCCUUGCGUGUGUGCCAAAAUAACUACACCUUCAUGUACAUUGUUUGUAGCGUGAAUAUUAAGUUCUUGGCUCUAUUAGUUGGCCAUAAGUUAUGUAAUAUACAAGACUUGUACAGGUUUGUGUGUGCGUACACAUACUCUUUGGAUCCAGCUAAGUAAAUAAACCAUAUAGAUGUUGAUCCAAACCUUAAAUCUUAUUAAGGCCAAACUCUAGUCCUGCCGCCAAUGCUGUUCAGCUUGGCCACUUGGUGACACUGCCAUUCUCCCUCCAUAGCAUGAAGGUAAAGAUCUAAGGAGGCUUUUAUGUUUUUACGCUUCUACCCCGUUUCCGUUUCUGGGGAAAAUCACUUUUCACUGAUUCAAACAUAGUCUUGGAGUGACAAGAAAAGAUUCUCCAUCUCUUGUGGAAGUAGGAGGGUCAGUAUGAAAGCAAGAUUUCCUCUGAGUACUCUCAAGAUACCAUUUAAAAUUAUGCCCUGCAUGGGCGCUGUAUUUUCCUUUGCCACAAGUUUGUGAAGCAAGUUGACGCUCACUAUGUAUACAAGCAGUUGUUCAUCAUCAGUUAGUAAGUACAAAGUCAUGGUAUAUUGAGGUGGGAAUGGGAAAACAGGACUGUCGUACAAUGCCUAUGGCCCUGAGUCUUACCUUUAUGAAAUUAAAUACCUGAAGUAUAAUGAUAGAUCUCAAACUUGUGUGAAAUUCUCACAGUCUGGAAUGCCUCAACUUGAUACAUGUGUACCUCCUGUAUUUGGAAUGUUUGGCCAUAAAAUAGCAUUUAGACAUUCAUUUACUCAUUUUGUGCACCCAAGUGCCCAUUUGGCUUACUUACCUAAUAAAAGCUGGAAGUAAUGGACUGGGAUGUUCUUUUUAAGUCUUCAGAAUCCUAAAACUAGUGAGAGACUUUUAGUUGCAUUCAUGCUUGCUCAUUAAACUCAAAAAAGAAUGCUUGAAUGCUGUUCCAGCUAAGAAUGGUGCUUCAGGCAGCUAAAGAAUAUUGCAGAUAGUACCUCCAUAUCUUAAUUGCCCAAGUAAUUUGUUUUUGCAGGGAGAAAUAACAGUAAUAUAUUUAGGUUUGGGGUUUUUUAAGUUUUUUUAGUAUAUUACCUUGGCUAUAUUGCUUCAAAAUCCAUAUGGAGAAGGUGGAUUUCAAAACAAGUUUAAGAUAUGACUCUUUACUUUGUUGUCAGAAAGCAUUUGAAUUGGCUUGUUUCAUUCAAACUAAUUGAUUGUCCACUCUAGAUGAUAGACUUUGGCAAGAGCAAGCUUGAUAAUAAAUAAGAGAAAAAAAUCCAGCCUAUUUACUGAGUAUUCUUGACAGACAUUUGCAGUACUGGUAGUCAGAAAUGUUUUUUUUUAAAAAUAAAUUCUCUUUCAUAAUCAUGCACAAACACAUGUGCAUGCACACAUGUACUACUUUGGUGUAUAUAUAUACACACAUGAAGAGCAAUACUAUGGAAGAGGCUUUUUUUUUUUUUUUAAUGCCUUACAUUUGGAAAUUGACAUUGAAAUGGCAACUGACUAACCUGAUUUGGAAAAAUGUCAAGCACCUACCAUAUUCCAUUGCAGGUAAACAGCCAAUGAAUUAAUUUUCAAAUAUAGUUAUACAGCAUGUCUUUUUGUGAGUUACUGUAAAGCUUAUGGCACUGUAUAAAGUGAGUUUUGUUGUAAGCAUUUGUAAAGGUCUUAAAGAUAAUGCUCACGAUAAUUUGCCCUUACAUUCAGUUAUCUUUAUUCAAGAUUUUUCUAUUACUUUGCACAUUUUUCAGAACAGAUCACACAUAUGAAUAAAGUUACAUUCAAGUUAAUUAAAAAUGCAGCCCUAAAAAUACACUCAUACUUCAUCCAUCUUUACAUUUUGAUCAGGAGCUAUAUUAUGGGUGAUCAAAAAAAUAAGAAAAAAGAUGGUAAUCGGUAUCCCCACAAUGGUGAAUUAUUUUAAGCUCCAGUUUACAUCAGAUGAGUUUCUGUAUGCUUGCAUUUGCUGAAAUGCUAUUUGAACACAAAGUAAUUAAAUAAUGUGAAAUAAUGCCACCUUGGCUCUGUUAAAUAGGGUUACAUUAAUGCAACUGAAAUGCUGUGUGUCUGUAAUAUUCAUGCUAAAUACAUACUAGCUCUUUACAAAGGCUUUAUGUAAGGUCAGUUAACCUACAAACUCUGAUGUCUUGUGUAAAAUCCUCUUGGCAAACUACUUUUCUUAGAGUGUAGUGUAUGAAACGGUAAGGUCAUAGACAAAAAAACAAGUUAUAGUGUUUGUUUAUCUGUGUGCUGGGUGCAGAAUAUAUCAGCUUUGGCAAACUAUUGCAGUAGGGAAAAUGUUUUGUAUAAUGCCUAUAAUACAAAGUAAUUUAUCUUUACAUUCUGUAAAGCAGAGAAAUGGUCAAUGUUGGAUAAGUAUAUUGAAGUUUAUUCUUAGCAAGGUUUUAUGUUUCACAGAUUUAAAUAUUACAGGAGAAAUAUAUAUUUAUACAGAAGUAUAAUUUUUGAAUGUUUGAGGUUGGUUUUCUUCAGUCAUGAACCAUUUAUUUAUCCACAUUAGGCUUUAUUCCUUUGCUAGCUUGUUUAUCUGUCCAUGCUGUUCCAACAUCCAUUUCUAAUUUGGUUUAGAUGUUUUGAUUAUUUAUUUGCACAAAUCUGGAUGUUCAUGCUGUCAGGACCUGAUCAUAAAGUGUAGAGGCAAAACUGUUUUGUCUUUGAUUACUUAGAACACUAAUAAAAAUGUAAUCAUUAAAUAGUUGUGGUAUGGAGAUACAUCUUGACAUAGUCUUCCUUGGAGCACUGUACAGCAUGAUAGAAACCUUCAGUGAAUCUUACUAUUUCUUGUUCUUAUUUUCAUUUGUCUUUCAUCUUGGUCCAGAAAACCAGGAAGCUGCUGUGUGCUAAUAAUUACCUGCAAUAUUUAUAAUUGCAGGCAUUGCAAACAUUAACAUUCAGCUGUAUUAGCCUACUGUGUUCACUGUGAAAUUUUCAACAUGGUAAAUAUUUUACAUGAUCAUUUAACCUUACAAGUUUACUUUUUUCCCCUCACUAAUUUAACACUGAACCUUUUUUUUUUUUCAUUAUUACAAAUGAACAACUUGAGCAUAGAAUUUCUUAAUCUUAACUAUAAUAGAUAAACAUAUCCUAAGCAAAGAUUUUUAACCACUUGAUGAAGGGGGCCAGGCACCAUCCAGUGCAAAGCACACUGGGCAAAAUCUUAUCCCCACUGCAGUCAGUGCCAAAAUUCUAACUGGUGUUAGCAAAAAUGGAACCACCAUUACCAAGGGGUUAAUAUGCUUAGUAACCAUGAUAAGAGGUUAUGGGGGAGCACAACAGUGAUUCUCUAUUUCCAUAUCUUUGUUUCUGAAUAGUAGUAGUUUUAAAUUAACAAUCUUUAAAAUAAGUAAAAGAAACUUGAAGGGGGAUCAUAUACUACUAGUUUGUACUAGGUUUUUUCAGGAAAAGGAAACAAAUUUUUAUAUAUAUAUAUAUGCAAUAUAUUUUUACACUGUUUAUUAAUGCUAGAAAGUAUUACAUGUAUCACUUUAUCAGUGUGAAUGUUAAAGUAAUGGCAAUGUUAUGGAUGUUUUAAACCUUUUAAAGUUGUCUUGUUAAAUUCUAAACCCACAUUAACAAUGGAAAAGCUACUUUGGCUACAACAUUAUUGUUGAUGUUUUAGGGAAAAAAGUUCAAGUACAGCAGUUGUUUGAUUAGCACUGUAAAAGCUUGGCUUGAAAAGUUGUAGUGAAAUCCAUAUUGUAAACACCAUUUUUUAAAGCAUAGCUUCUCAUAAAGUAUGUUACUGCUGUUGACUGACUGUAUAAAAUUGUAUCUUUAGUUGGUAAAGUGAUCAAUAAAUGUGUUACUACAUCA